GCAAUUCAGAGCCAGCUAUGUGAGAGGCAUUGCAGUUACACUCUCCGCAUUCCCUCGUGUCGACGCGAACUGUGACCCUCCCUAGAACAUCUCGUUCUAGACUACCUAGCUGCCCAGCAUGGCUCCGGGAAGAGUACUGGUGAUUGCUGGCUCGGACAGUUCGGGCGGAGCAGGCCUAGAGGCCGAUCAGAAGGUCAUCGCCGCCCACGGCUGCUACGCCAUGACGGCCACGACAGCCCUCACGGCGCAGAACACCAAGGGGGUCUACGGCAUCCACCUCGUGCCGCCCGAGUUUCUCAGGAAGCAGAUCGACGCCGUCAUUGAAGAUGUCGGCGUGGAUGUUGUUAAGACGGGCAUGCUCGCCUCCGCGGAAUCAAUCGAAACCAUCGCCGACGCCCUCGAGCGGCACAAAGUCUCGACCGUCGUCAUCGACCCGGUCAUGAUAGCCACGACCGGCGCGCAGCUCCUCCCGCCGGAGGCGGUCCACAUCCUGCGCACGCGCCUGCUCCCGCUGGCGACCAUCGCGACGCCCAACGUGCCCGAGGCGGUGCGCCUGCUCGGCGACGAUGACGCCGCGCGCGGCGGCGGCAGCGGCGGCGGCGGCGUGCAGACGGUGGACGAGCUCGAGGCGCUCGCGCGCGCGAUCCGCGCCCGCCUCGGCCCGCGGUGGGUGCUCGUCAAGGGCGGCCACUGUCCGUUCCGUCGGGACGGCCGGGCGGCGAGGACGGAGGCGGAGAGGGAGCUCGUCGUGGACGUGCUGGUUGGUGGGGAGCGGGCGGCGGGCGGCGGCGGCGGCGGCGAGCAGGAGGAGGAGGAGGAGGAGCUGGUGGUCGUCAGGCUGGAGACGGCGUAUUGCGCUUCGAGGAACACGCAUGGCACCGGGUGUUCUCUGGCUUCGGCUAUUGCGUCGAACUUGGCAAAGGGAAUGGACAUGCCGGCGGCCGUGAGGGCUGGGUGCAGAUACGUCCAGGCGGGCAUCAGAAGUGCGCCGGGGCUGGGCGGCGGCAAUGGACCGCUGAAUCACUUCCACUCCGUUUAUACUCUGCCCUUUUCACCGGGUCACUUCAUCGACUACCUCCUGGAACGCCCCGACGUCGCCCCGGUCUGGGACAGGUUCGUCAACCAUCCGUUUGUGCUAGCUAUGGGAGACGGCACGCUGCCAAUCGAGUCAUUUAAGGGGUAUCUAGUUCAAGAUUAUCUCUACCUCAUACACUUCGCUCGGGCAAACGCACUCGCUUCUUACAAGGCCACCACCGCGAAGGAUAUCGCCGCAUCCGCCGCCAUUGUUACACACAUUUUCCGAGAGAUGGAACUACACAUCGGCUACUGCGGAGGCUUUGGCAUCUCCAGGGAAGAGAUGGAAAAUACGGAAGAACAUGAAGCAUGCACGGCUUACACGAGAUACGUGAUCGACAUCGGCCAGUCCCAAGACUGGCUGGGGCUCCAGGUGGCCAUGGCACCGUGCCUGCUCGGAUAUGGCGCCAUCGCCAAGCAGCUGCAUGCCGACCCGCGGUCCAAGAGAGAUGGCAACCUCUACUGGACGUGGAUCGAGAACUACGUGGCCGACGACUAUGUCGCAGCGGUUAAGGCCGGCUCGGGUGAGUGGAAGAGCAACAAGAAGCAGGAAAAACCCCAGCCAGCCGCGGGAAGGACACGUUACUGACGCCGGCAUUUGAACAUUUGAAGAGCUGCUCGAGAGACAUGCAGUGCUGCAGAGCCCGUCGCGGAUAGAAGAACUGGUCAAAGUCUUCAUCCACGCUACGAAGAUGGAAAUCGCGUUCUGGGAGAUGUACAGCUCAAGUUGACGGGUCCCGAGGUCCUGCGCAAUCAAGUCAGAGGGACGGUGCACGUGUUCGUGGAGCGAGGAAAACUCAGAAGGAUCGGGAAUUAUCGGAAAAUGAAUCGGCAUGACGAUUGUUUGCAUUCGGUUCGUGGAAAGAACGGCCACGGAAUAUUAUAGUUCGAGGUGAAGCCAUAUGUACGUUCAAGUGCUCACCUGCAAGGAAGCUGCGGGUUGAAGUGUGAGCCUCAGGAAAGGUCGAAGAGGUGUAAUGCCUCAGGCAACAAGGUUUUUACCCACCCUGCAAUCCCUUGCGAGCUCUCGCUCGUGCUGGCCAACCAAGCCA